GCGGAAGGGGCGGCACGAAGUCGGAUGGGAAGGCGCGCAUGGACGUUCGCGUGACGCUCGGCAUGGAGUCUUCAAACGCAGAGGAGCCCACCCUGCGACAUGUGGAGAAGGACGUGCUGAUUCCCAAGCUCAUGCGAGAGAAAGCCAGGCAGCGGUGUUCUGAGAAGGUGCGAGAUUUCACCCACUGCUGCCAGGAGAGCGGCUUUUUGAUGGUCUUGAAGUGCCGAGAGGAGAACGCUGCCCUCAAGGAGUGCCUGACCUCACAUUACAAAGACCCCCACUUUUUUGAAGAAUGCAAGCAGGAGUACCUGCAGGAGAGGGAGGAGUACAGGAAGACGGGCAUCCCUGCCAAGAACAGAAGAGAAAAGAUUGGCACAAGCAUGUAGGCUCACGGGGCAUCGUUU